AUGGGCCAAAGCGCCUGCGCCCAGUGCCAGCAGGACGCCGCCACGGAGGCCGCCGCGGGUGGCAGCGAGGACCUGGUGAGCGUCCUGGAUGACCUGGCACGAGCUCCCGGCUCCCUGCCGGUGGUGGGCAUGGUGGCGAAGGCCAUCAAGGACAGCCUGCGCGUCCACGCCGGCCAGCAGGAGGCCUUGCAGAGGCUGGAGCUCCUGGGCGCCCUGGCCGCGUCGCUGGCGCCCCGCGCCUCGGACGAGGCGAGCCGAGCCCUCGUGCGCGACGCGCUCUCGGAGGUGGCGGACGUCCUGGGCGACCUGCGGCUCCGGGGGCAGGCCGCCGACGGUGAGAGCCCAGAGGCGGCUGCCGAGGAGCUCGCUCCGGAGCAG